AUGACGACUAUUAUGGGGCCGUUUUUGGAAGAGUAUAAGGACACAGCACAAGAGCACGCCUUCGUGUCCAUGGAUGGAAGUGCCUUCGCUCUUGAGGUCCACAACUUCCUUAAGAUUGGAACCUCCGUGUUCGAAGUGAAUGCCGAGGGCAGGAUCCGCACCAUUCGCACGUGGCUCGCAAGUUUCAAAGAUGAUCAGGACGAUCUGUGGGCUGACGGCAUGACCAACCUGAGAAACAUAUCCGGGCCACCCAAUGGAGGUCCAGACAGUAUCAACGGGACGACCCUGCUGCAGAAGCCAACGUUAGUUUCAGCCAUCCUACAGGUCCUGGGGGGGGGACCCACGACCUGUAGAUUGGCGGAAACUAACGUUGGCUUCAGGCUGGUGGCCAUGGAACGCAAUGAUGUGCUCGACGGGAAGCCCUGA